AUAUUGAAAAAGCUAAAGAGAUUUUUGAUCUCAAAAAUAUUCAAUAUUUGUAUAAGAAUAGAACUGUUCAGGAAACUUCAGAAUUAGCAUUAAUAACUUACUUAUUAGUAGAUUUUAAUGAUAAUAUAUUCAAAAAAGUAUUUGAUUCAAAUAAGUUAUCAUUAGAUACUAAUACUUUAAAAAUUGCAAAAGAG